CAAGAAAUCCAACUUCCUUUCAGGAUUCUGUGAUUUAGCAUUUUGCAGAGUAAACCAAGGAGGCAUCGUGAUGCGACCAUUUCCCUCCAGGCGUCUCUCUAUUAUAUACAGCAUACCUACGCCUAGUGAUUCAUAUUUUCAUUCUGGACAGAGACCAUCUAUUUCCCACAGCCAGAGUUUACGAGGAGACAUUACGGGUCUAAAACGUUCUUUCAGUCAACAAACAAGUGUGCAUUUCUGGAAAAGAUGGCUUUUGAAAACUUUUCCUACAGUUUCCUUGACUGUUACUGUAAUUCUUUUAGUCCUGUACUAUACAUUAUCUCCCUCAUUUUCUUUCAUCUACAUUGGUGGAAGUGUUGAAAUUCCGAAUUUGUCCUAUACAAGUGACCUAAUGCAUCCUGAGUCCCACACAUUUGUGCUGCAAACUGAAGCAAUCCAGAAUUAUAGACAUCGGUUUCUAGAGAUCGGGGUUGAUGGGAUUGGGAUACAUUUCUCUUUUAAUUAUUCUGUUUACUACUUUUCAGCCACUGAUCUGUUUUGGUUUUAUCUACCAGUGGCCUUUGACCUCUAUGCAAAGCCUGGUAAUAAUAGGACAUUAACCCUGAUGAAUCCUAAGAAAUCCUUUUAUCAGUGGAGGCUAAGAGUUCCAUCCGACUAUGUUGUGAGGCUGGUCAUUGUCACCUGGCAUGAUGUGAUUCCUGGGAGCUGUGCAUCUCACAGGUUGUCUGCAUAUGAUUUCCUUCUCCCUCUUCAGAACAAGAUCAUCACAAGAUGGUGUGGAAUAUCUGGGAGUUGGACUCCCCCAAUUAUACGUGUAACUUCAUCAAGUAAUGUCAUGUUGGUCACUUUCUCCCUGGACCGAAGAAAAGAAAGCAAUAUAUUGAAAGCAUAUUUCCAAGCAGUACCUAAAAUUGUGUGUGGUGGCCGUUACAGUUCUUGGAAUGGGACAGUAAUUUCUCCUUAUUAUCCAAGUUAUUAUCCUCCAAAUAUUGACUGCCACUGGAUAAUCAGGGCACCAUUACCAGGAUAUAGAUUGCUGUUAAGAAUUCUUGUAAUACAAGUACAAGAACAGUCUCCUGGAUCCAAAACAUGUGACAGAGAUUGGUUGGAAAUUGAUGGAGUUAGUGUCCGUAAUGUUUUUGUGUGUGUCAUCCUAAUCAGAUAUUGCAAACCUAUCACGGAAAGCAAUAGGGUCAAGGAGUAUGGCUAUUCAGUCGCAAUCAGAUUCCAUUCAGAUGAAUUGGUCACAAACAAGGGUUUUUAUAUUGAAUUCAGAGCAUUCAGCCACACAGACUCUUGUCCUAGGCAAUUUAAAUGCUCAGACAGAACAUGCAUUCCAUUAAACAGUAAGUGUGAUGGGUGGAAAGACUGCACAGAUGGAAGUGAUGAGGUAGACUGCGGUUGCAAUCCAGCUAAAUGUGACAAUGGGAAUUGUAAAAGCCGACCCAUGCCUUGUAAUGGUGACAACAGUUGUGAAAGUGGAAGUGUGGAGGAAGAGAAAAAGGAGGAAGAAAAUAGUUGCUCAUAUAAAAGUUGUUCACAGCAUGCAUAUAAAUGUCUAAAUGGAAAAUGUCCCAUAAAGUCGAGUCCAGAAUGUGAUGGUGUACGAGACUGUGCAGAUGGAUCUGAUGAAAUGAACUGUGCCUGUGGAAGGAAUCACUUUAAAAGGCCCAGAAUUGUUGGUGGUGAAAAUGCAAGGACUGGAAAGUGGCCUUGGCAAGCUAGCUUGCAGCUGGGAACAUAUGGUCAUAUCUGUGGUGCAUCUAUUAUUUCCAAUAGGUGGUUGGUAUCUGCUGCCCAUUGUUUUCAGGACUCUGAUUCUAUAAGAUAUUCAGUAGCAUCUGGCUGGACAGCAUAUAUGGGUAUAAAGACCAUUAACAAAAACAUCAAUGAUUAUGUAGCAAUGAGAGCAGUCAAAAGGAUUAUUAUCCAUCCGCAUUAUGACCAAUAUAUCUCAGACUAUGAUAUUGCCCUAUUGGAAAUGGAGGCACCGGUAUUCUUCACUGAGCUGGUACAGCCCAUAUGUUUACCAAGCACUCCUAGAGUAUUUAUUUAUGGAACUGUCUGCUAUGUAACUGGCUGGGGAGCCAUAAAAGAAAAUAGUAUGUUCAUUUCUGGAUAUGUUUAUUGCAAAUUGCAAAUAUCCCUAAUAUACUGUAUCAUUUUGGUGAAUUAUAGCCAUAGGCUGCUGUUAGGGUUUGCUUUGAAAUCUUUCUUUUCAAAAACAUCUGGCAAAUACAAUAAACUUUUGCAGAAUAAGAUAAAUAAGGUAUGGACUAAUCCAGUGUUUGUUAUGGUUGUUCUAAAUACAAAUAUGGUGAUAUUAAUUUCAAUGCAUCCUUAGAGGCUGAUCAAUUUUAUAAACCACUGGGAAGGCAAGUUUAUUGUAUUUAAAGAAUGUGAAAUUAUAUUCAUAUUCAAUAUCUAUAAUUUAUUAUGUCAUGUGAAUACUAUUUGUAGAACAUGAAUAUAUAAACAGUUUAAAGUUAAAAGGAUGAGAACAGCUCAUAAUAGUUUUUCAUUCUCAGUCUCAUUGUUUACAAUCUUAAAAAAAUCUUGAUCUACUUAAUAUUUUUGCAAUGCUUCCAUUGAUCCAGGUCAGCUUGCAAAAACACUACAAGAGGCCAAAGUGAAAAUAAUUAACCAAAGUGUUUGUAGCAAGCUUUAUGAUGA